AUGACCACGUACACCCAAAGAUCCAUGAUGAGCGGCGGCCUCAGCACCGGGGGAUCAUCCUACGGCAGAGGCAUGAGCUCCUUCAGCAUGUCGGGAGGAGCAGGAGGUGGUGGUAUCAGGGUCUCCAAGGCCAGCAGGAGCUACUCCUCUGGUGGUGGCGGCGGCUAUGGCUUCGGUGGUGGAGCGGGUGGCGGUGGAGGUUUCGGCGGAGGUUUCGGCUCAGGUGGCGGAGGAGGUUUCGGCGGAGGUUUCGGCUCAGGUGGCGGAGGAGGUUUCGGUGGCGGCGCAGACGACAGCAACGCCAUCGGCAACGAGAAGUUCGCCAUGCAGAACCUGAACGACCGCCUGGCGACCUACCUGGCCAAGGUGGCGGCGCUGGAGAAGUCCAACGGGGAGCUGGAGCUGAAGAUCCGUCAGUUUGUGGAGAGCAAGACCGGCCCCAGCAGCAGGGACUACAGCGCCUACUACACUACCAUCGCAGAGCUGCAGGGCAAGAUCCAGGAGGCCAUCUUGGCCAGAGGUUCAGUUAUGCUGAACAUCGACAACGCCAAGCUGGCCAUGGACGACUUCAGAAUGAAGUUCGAGAACGAGCUGUCGAUGCGUCAGUCGGUGGAGGCCGACAUCGCCGGGCUGAAGAUGCUGCUGGGAGAGCUGGGCGUCGCCAAGAACGACCUGAACAUGCAGAUCGAGAGCCUGACCGACGAGCUGGUGACCAUGAGGAAGAACCACGAGGAGGACCUGUUGGCCAUGCGGUCUCAGAUGAGCGGCCAGGUGAACGUGGAGGUGGACGCCGGUCCUCAGCAGGACCUCAGCAAGGUGAUGGAGGAAAUGAGAGAACACUACGAGGCCAUCAACGCCAAGAACAACAAAGAACUGGAGGCCUGGUACCAGAGCAAGUCCGAGAUGAUCAGUAAGGAGGUGGAGAUCGCAGCGGUAGAGGUUAAAUCUACGACGUCGGUGGUGAAGGAUGUGAAGAGUCAACUUCAGGCUCUGGAGAUCGAACUACAGUCACAGCUGAGCAUGAAAUUGUCUCUGGAAGGCCAGCUGGCAGAGAUCCAGAACCGGUACUCCAUGCAGCUGUCGGGGUACCAGAUGCAGGUGACCAGCAUGGAGGAGCAGCUGGUCCAGCUGAGGGCCGACCUGGAGAGACAGGGACAGGAGUACCAGAUGCUGCUGGACAUCAAGACCAGACUGGAGAUGGAGAUCGCCGAGUACAGGAGGCUGCUGGACGGAGAGGGCUCUGCCGGAUCUUUGUCAUCCUCCUCCUCCUCCUCCGUCACCACCACCACUGUCGUCACAAAGGUCAUCGAGGAGACCAUCUGAGGACCAAAAGUCAGUCUGACUUCGGUGGGCGUAGCCAGAUCUCAACCUAUCGCCUUCCUGCUUGCUGCUUUGGGAACGUGAUGAAGAGCGUCUCUCCUCUUCAUCUCUGCGGAUCUUUAACUUCACU